AAUCCUGUGAUACACAUCAUGGCCAACAGUGCAUCGAGUUUUACCGAGUUUUGGGCACAGAUAUCGAGAACAAUUCAACAGAAUAGUCGACUUAAACAAGCUAAUCGUAAUGACAAACCAGUGGCCGAGUUAUGGCCAUCGAGUGAUGGUUACGAUGAGUCCCAAGAGGUCGUGCAUCGCGGGCGCGGCGGCCGAAGACAUGAUACUCGCGAUGAUAGCGAUCAGCAGCUGAAGAGUGGCGAUCGUACGGCACGUCUUAAACAACUGAUGACAUUAAACGAAAUGUACAAAAACGCGAACAAACUCUUUGAAAAGCCAGCGAUCGCCAGAAGUGCCACCAAUUGUCUGUCCAAAGAUCAUAAUAAUCACCGUCGAAGACAGUCAGGACUGUGUGCCGACAGUUUUACGGACACACAAGACUUGGCCCAUCACUUGAAGACUCGCCACCCGAUCGAUAGCCAGAAGAGUGCCGCCGACGCUGUGUUGACCACCGAUGGCGGUGACAAUGACGACAACGAAGAUCGGGAACCGCUGUCGUGUCCCGUUUGCGGCCAGCGAUACAACUGUCGGACGCGGUUCGCGAAGCACGUGAGCGCACACGACGAGUCCAAUCGGUUCCCGUGCUCUGCCUGUGACCAGACAUUUGCCAAAGAGUGGACACUUGAGAUACACGUCAACAGAGACCACAAGAGUGUGAAGCCGUUUGUGUGCGAUCUCUGCGGACAACGGUUUUACGCCAACGAGAAACUGUUAAACCACUUGUCAAACAAACACAAACUGCCGGUCUAUGAGUGUCCCGACUGUGACUACAAGACCAACAGCAAGUAUAAGAUGGCCAGACAUAAGCAGAUCCACUCCACAGAUAGGUAUCGGUGCGAU